AUGAUAGUAGCGAGCUAUAUCAUAGCAAAGUGGAAAGGAGGAGUGCAUGGAAUUAGGCUCACGGCCGCGCGAGAUAAGACCAGGGUCGGCUUCUUCGAUGGGGGGUCCAGAGGCAACCCAGGACCGGGCGGCAGCGGCAGCAUAGUAGUGGAGGUUGGAGAUGGAGUACACUCGUUGAAGAUGCUGUGGGCUGCGGCGACCGCUUUAGGACGAAAGACCACAACCAACAACAUAGCGGAAUUUGUCGGGCUACACAGGCUGCUCACGAAGGCAGUAGAGCAGAAUUGGACUGGCAUUCACGUGGUAGGGGAUAGCGCGCUCAUCCUGAGAAUGAUGGAGACCAGGAAACCCCCGAGAGCGCGGAAGCUCCAGCAUUGGUACAGAGUAGCAAGGCGGCUCGCUGAUCUGUGCGCCGUACAGAGCUGGAGACAUCAUUACAGAAGACACAAUAAGAUGGCGGACUGGGCUGCAAACUUUGCAAUGAACACGCAUAGCAGCGUUACCAUGGCUUUUGAGGACAGUCCAGAUGACAAUGAGUUCACGAUUGGGGUGAAGCAACUCAUGCACGCAGAUGUUACAGAUUGGAUCUCAAGACUGCAUUGA